AUGUGGAACAGGAGUUUGGUGCCAGAAUCGCGACCCUCGAAGUCCGUCAAAGCAAUGGCACCACAGUCGCAGGUCCCGGAGUCCCGCUUCGAGCCCAGCUCUUCCACGGCGUCCUUAUUCCUCUAUGCCCAGGGUGCGGUGAUUCUAUGCUUGCACCAUGAUACUUUGGCCGUGGAACGGCGCUUUACCAGCCAUCAGGAUAAUAUUGACUUCAUUUCGGUGGAUAAUGUGAGCGAGCGCGGUGCGGGGAGGCUGGUUGUCAGCUACGACGUGGGCCAAACUGCAAUUGUCUGGGAUAUUUUUACCGGCACAGAGAUCGCGCGAUUUGCGUCGUUCGAACAUUUGAGAGUCGCGUCGUGGAUGCGCAAUGGAAAUGUUGCAUUUGGUAAUGGCAAAGGCGAAGUAAUUCUUUUCGAACCUCCAACAUCAGAGCAUAUCUCUGCGCGCACAAUAUUCGACCCAAUUACAGCUCUUGCGCCGGCAACAGACUGUCGCACAUAUGCGAUUGGUUACCAGAAUGGAUCAAUAUUGAUCGCUAACCUCCUUCCUCAAUUUACUAUUCUCCACACAUUAACUACUUCUCGUGGACCAUCACCGAUCCUCUCGCUAGCAUGGCAUGCCUCGUCAUCGAAGCAGAAAUCGGACAUGUUGGCAACGCAGGCUUCCAAUGGCGAUCUACGAGUUUGGAGUGUAGCGAAACCACCAGGAAAAGAGCCACCCCGAGUUAUUCGCGUGUUGAAGAGGUCCGACUCGACGUCUGCGGAUCCAAAAUGGAUGGCCUGGUCAAAGAACGGAAGAAUUGUGCAGUAUCUGGAAGGGGAAACAUGGUCUUGGGAUGUUCGGACAAAGCACGUAACGUAUGAGCCAAUUCCUACAAUUCAGGGUGUACGAGGCAUGGCGAGCUAUGGCCCGACAGCAACUCUGUUCACAAUUGGUCCUCAAGAUACAGUACAACAAUACGACCUGGAAACUUCAGCCAUGGUGGCCAAUGUUCAACAUCUUGCCAUUGGAUCCCGCUCAACGGCGUCUGAAGGAAGCCGAUCACGAACCAUGUCUCCACGUCACCUUCAAGAUCCCCCUGAAAUUCGAGAAAAGGGAACCGGGAGGCGGACUCCAUUCGACACAAAUGGCGUGGAAAGUGCAAAACAAGCAAGAGCGGAUCUUAUCAGCCCCGCGUCUUCAAGAAGCCGGACAGAAUCAGUCAGCUCAAAAGCUUCAUCUGGAAAAUACAAGGUGGACCGGCCAUUUUCACCACCGAGUCGAUCUGCGCAGACUGGGACGUCCUUCUCUAUGGGCGACCGGGAUACCCCACAACCCCCGGCUUCCUACGCUUACGCAUCGUCCAUAUCGAUGUCGUCGGCCAAAAGCUCCCGCGCUGCAUCUCGACUUCGAAAUGAGGUCCAUUUGAGUCCUGCUGAGCGAAACAUAGUCGAUCUUUUCCCGUUUACCCGGGCGCGAUUAAACGAUGUACCAUAUAGACAGACGCCGCCUCUUGACGAGACCCAUCUAACCCCAGAUGAUCUACGACAGCAGAUGCUCAGUGUUGUGUUUGGAUGGGAUGGUGAUAUUCAAGAUCUGCUGAGAGACGAGUUGAGUCGCCACAAGGAAGGAAGCCAGAGCGCUAUUCUACUAACACGAUGGCUGAAUGAGAAUGACUCUGAUCAAAUGGCAGCAAUGCUCGGGCCCCGCCAAGUGACGAUAACGGAUUGGAUGAUAUUAGCGCUCAGUCAGAUGAGCGGGCAGACCCAGGCAAACAAGGUUGGACAAGCAUUUGUUCAGAAAUUGCUUGAGAUUGGAGAUAUUCACACGGCAGCUUCCAUUCUGCUUGGAAUCGGGGAUUGCAAUGAUGCAAUUGAGGUUUACGUUUCUCGAAAUCAUUUCAUGGAAGCCAUUCUCAUGACCUGUCUCCUGAUGCCUACGGAUUGGCAGCGCCAGUCCUAUCUCGUCCGUCGCUGGGGAGAACAUGUCGUCUCUCAUUCGCAGCAACAGCUUGCCAUCCGCUGUUUUAUGUGCACUGGGGCUGAACCUACCGAACCUUGGACGUCCCCAGCCGCUCAACAGGCCGCCUCUUUCGCGGAAAUGAUUCGAGGAAAGUCACCAUUGGCGUCUCCCGAGCCUACACAACCUCUCGGUCCUAGUUUCAUGUCGCCUUUAAACCGGCCAAAGUCUGGGUCAAGCCAACGGCCAGCUGGAAAGACCCCCGCACUGAAGCUCAUUACGUCCUUUGAUAAUCAACCGAACCAGCGUUUCCGAUUCCCGGGAUUAAAAUCAGACGAUCGCACGCCAACUAAUGCCCCUGGUGUUACUCCAAUCGCAGAGUCUGCCGUUGCUGACUCGGCGUUGUCUCCUGGCGGCUUUGGAUCGUACAAGCUCAACAAUAUCCAGAGUCUAAGCCAAGCGAUGACUUCUCGAACAAAUACGCCUGCCUUCAAUCGUCGUCGCUUACCCUCAAUCGGAGAGACCCCGGUAGACGUACACCCUCCAGCAUUUUCACGAUCUCAAUCCCACAGCACAAGCAAUUACGGGUCGACGUCGGAGAACGACGAUGCGAGCGGGAAUGAGCCCAGUCAGGAUGAACAGGCGGCAGAUAGUAGUCUAUUGACAUUGUCUUCGGCCCGGUAUAACCCGCCUCAGGAACGCCAAUCCCACAAGCCCAGUCCUCAGACCGCCGUCCAGGCCCCAGAUCACUUUGCCGCUCUCAAGGGACUGCCAUCUCCAGCGCCAGGCUUCAUCGAAGCGCUAAGAGAGCAUUCUGAUAUCCGAAAUGGCUCACGGGACCGAAAACCCGACGGACUACAGAUUGACCUUGUGCAGACAGAAGAGGCUCCGCUUGACCCCCAAGGCCUUUUGCCUAGCGGAAACAGUACAACUUCCACGCUGAACAGCUACAACUCAGCCAAGAGCCCGAGUGUUCGCAGUAUCGACCAGUAUAUCAGCAGUCUGGACGAGGCAAACUAUCACGCCAGAAAACAAAAUGGUCGUCGUACACCUGGUCGAGGUCGGCGAAAUACCGAUGAUACCAGUAACCAACAAGGUUCUCGCAUACAUACUUCCCGCGAGGUAUCUCAGGAAACUCGUGGCCGCAAUGAGAGGCGAUAUAUCCAGCCUGCUAAACGAUCCCCUUCGUCGCCGGUUCCAAUGUCGCCUGAGGAGUUAGCUCGAUACCACAAGGGAGAAGCUGAAAGGCCAAGGGAAUCGGAAUCGCGCAAGAAGGGAUCCUCUCGCGCUAGAAGCGGAAGCAAGAUGAAGAAGGCCGGGUCGCGAAGUCGCCAGCGUUCGUCUAGCCGACACGCAGCAAGCCAUCUUGGAGGAGAAAGACCAGACGCCACUUCUCGGGGUCGCAGUGUUGACCGUAUAGGAUCUGCUGUCCGCUCACCAUCAUCACCAUUGCCCAUGUCACUGCCCGCUCAAGAUAACCCGAAGCCGAAUGAUGGUGAUGAUCCACUCCGGCUUGUUUCUGGAGACCGAGAACGUCUGCGCUCCCGUCACCGUAGUGCCAGCCGUCGUCGAGCAGAGCGAGGAGCCAGUUCGAAGCGAGAAGGAUCUCCAGAGUCCAAGCAUCGGCCAUCUCACAGUGUACCCGAUGUUCCACAGGCCGCCCCCGAGUCGGAUAUUUCUGCUCAGGCCAGUGGGCUUGAGCAAUUGAGUGUUAAAGUCUUCGCUCAGGAGAAUCUUUUCCUCACUGGAAGUACCUAUAAACCGGAGCCAGUAUCUGAUGAUGCUCAAGAGACGGUAUCUCCAACGACGCCUUUCGUGAGCUUGGCCGAGAAGAAGAGGAGAGAGCUUGCGGCUGCUGAACUCGAGGCUCGUCGUCUUUCUCUUGCUCGCAAUCCGUCUGCACCAAAUAUCCCGUUCCCAGGCGAACUGCAUAACGCCCGAAGCCCGGUGGAAAGCCCCCCGCAGGUCUCGGGAUCAUACUUCCCACGGGUUCCGUCUCGAAACAAGAUCCCUCCCAGCAAGAACUCUCCAGAAUACCAGAGCAGCUCCGACUCUGGCUCUUCUCGGUCUGGUGUUCCCUUAGGGCUCCCUGCGACACCCAGGGCAAUGAGGCACCCCAAGUACGGUGCCAAUGGUCAUGAAGUGGAGCGACCUCCUUCGGUACCUACAAUCCCUACAGACUAUUACAACGGCCUUCUCCUCUCCGACGCACGGUAUCAAGGUGAAGCCGAGAGAAUCGGACGCUCUAUGUCAGUCCCCGUGGUAGAGGCCCAAGCCAACAAUGCCUCUGUUCCGUCCGAUAUCCCGAUGCAUCCAAGGUUCAAUCCCCAUCUCCCACGAAGCCGCUCAAGCAGCCGCAGCCGAAACAUGAGCCAUCGACGCACCAGCUCUGGCGGUUAUGUCUCGGGUACAUCUCCGCACGUAACGAUUAGCAUUGAGGAGACCAUCGAGAAUGCAAUGCAACGAAGACCCUCUGGCGUGCAAGUUGAAAUGAUUCCACCUCCUCCACCACCACCUAUCCUCCCAGAGCUGCAGCACCUCAACACACCCCCGCCUCCACCCCCGAUUCCACUCUCCACGGAGGCAGCUUCGCCUCGAGAGUCUUCGGCCACGAUUGACAUUGCCAUCGACCAUGUUAAUAUGGGUCGUCUGCUUCCUCGUGCUAUGACAGCUGCCCCCGCCUUGAGUGGGCCUGAUAGUCGUCAGAACGCGAGCCGGCGGAUGUCCUUUGAGCACCGGCGGAAUCGAAGCUCGAAUGAAAGCUUUGCGAAUAAAUUGCGCAGUCUUACUCGAAUGCGAAGUAAUAGUCGCAGCGUGGAACCGUGGGGAAAUACCGAGGCCGAAUGGCCGUAUGAUACUAUACCGGUGUCGAAUGGUCAGACCAAUGGGUCCUAA